GCUUGCCACGCGAUAGUAUCCGGCCUUUUUUCUUCUCUCCUUCGCGACGAACACACCCGGACCCGAACAUAGCGCGACGAGAUCGCACCUGGAUCGCGGUUUUCGAGAAUGACAGUAGCGUUCUCGAUACUCCUCCCCACGGCAGCCUCAAAUAUGACGCCUAUAACACAAGGAGCCUCGCUGGAGUCGGUAGCUGCUAGACAACGGGAAAUGACAACAAAAAGGCCGGCUCGCCCUGACUCGCCUCGAUCUGCCGGGGAAUUUGACCGCUUGUUCCUCGAGUGUAUAUAGGUCUGAACUCGACGAUGUGCCAACUUCAUGCAUUUUUUUCUUCUCUUGGCCGCGGUCGCGCGCCUUGUCCCAUUCGCCACUGGCCAUGCUGCGAUCUGGCAUCCCAGCAUGUGGGGCUUCAACGUCACGGCCCAGACAUUCUCGUAUGAUAACCGACCCGUCACUCCUCUCCAGGAUUACACAUUUGAGCAAUGGUGGUUCCACGGACACCUUGACUACCCUCCGAACGAGGGCGACUUCUUCGAGCUCCCUGCGGGUCAAGCUGCGACCUCAGAGAUUGCAUGCGACAAGGGUGCCACUUCGUACUACGCGAGUGACCCUGGAGGCGAUAUCCAGGAUGGUGACAACGUCUGCCCCGGUUCGCCCAUGUCGGAGUACCACACUACUGGUUAUGACGAUCUGAAGGGCUGCGCGCUUGCUAUCACGUACCAAUCUGACGUUUCGCAAGUGCAACCGGAGGAUUUUGUUGUGUUCAGCGUAAACCAGACCUGUGUGUGGACAAGGUUCACGGAGUUCCAAGUGCCGGCUAGGAUGCCGUCGUGUUCGGAUGGAGGCUGCAUCUGCGCAUUCUUCUGGAUUCAUUCGCCUGAUAGCGGCGGUGAGCAGAACUAUAUGAAUGGAUUCAGAUGCAAUGUUACCGGCUCGACGUCUGACGUUGCCCUGGCCACACCCCAACUCGCUCGCCGCUGCGGUGCCGAUCCAGAUAACGGCAAAGCAGACGCGGUUCCGGGUAACUGCACGUUUGGUGCCAAGCAGCCUCUGUACUGGUUCCAGGCCGAACGCAACACUAUGUUUGAGGGCACGUAUUCGCCACCAUUUUAUAACAACUUGUAUAACUUCCUCGAUGGCGCCCAGGAAGACAUCUUCGAGAACUCGUAUCCCGACGGGAUCCCCACACCCAAUGCGAACUCAACCAUCCUCCCCAUUGUCGACCUCCAUGGCGUAGUGGCGACUGCGACGCCGAAUGCGCCCAGUUAUGCCCUCAGCGCUGUUGCGGCUGCGACCUCUGUCGUGUCUUCUUCUGCCACUACUACAACGGCGAGCAGCGGUAGCGUCAAUAGUGGCUCGGCGAGUACAAGCGCUUCCGCUGGCGGAGCAACCAAUACUUUGACAUGCUCGAGCUCCAAUUCGAAUGGAUCCACGCAACUCAAUAGGAGGCGCUUCACUCGUCGCCGGACGUCCAGCGGGCUGGACUCGGUCUUGGACAUUGUCAGACCUGGAGUCGGCCGCAAAGCCAAGAUGCACGACAGGAACAGGCUGUGGCGUCUCUUCUGAUACCAUUUUCUUGGUUCGACGAGUCGCUUCAUUCACGACUGGCU